AUGGGGCAUAACGGGAGCUGGAUCCCGCGGAACGGCAGCGAGCCCCGCAACACGUCGGGCGCCGAGGCGGCGGGCGCGAACCGCACGGCUCCGGGAGAGCUGGGCGAGGCGCAGCUGUACCGCCAGUUCACCACCACCGUGCAAGUCGUCAUCUUCGUGGGCUCGUUGCUCGGAAACUUCAUGGUGUUAUGGUCAACUUGCCGCACAGCCGUGUUCAAAUCUGUUACCAACAGGUUCAUUAAAAACCUGGCCUGCUCCGGUAUCUGUGCCAGCCUGGUUUGCGUGCCCUUCGACAUCAUCCUCAGCACCAGUCCUCACUGUUGCUGGUGGAUCUACACCAUGCUCUUCUGCAAGGUCGUGAAAUUUUUGCACAAAGUCUUCUGCUCGGUGACUAUCCUCAGCUUCCCUGCCAUUGCUUUGGACAGGUACUACUCUGUCCUCUAUCCACUGGAGAGGAAAAUAUCUGAUGCCAAGUCCCGUGAACUGGUGAUGUACAUCUGGGCCCACGCAGUGGUGGCCAGCGUCCCUGUGUUCGCAGUGACCAACGUGUCCGACAUUUACGCCAUGUCCACCUGCACGGAAGUCUGGAGCAACUCCCUGGGCCACCUGGUGUAUGUUCUGAUCUACAACAUCACCACAGUCAUUGUGCCUGUGGCUGUGGUCUUCCUCUUCCUGAUCCUGAUCCGACGGGCCUUGAGUGCCAGCCAGAAGAAGAAGGUCAUCAUAGCAGCUCUCCGCACCCCACAGAACACCAUCUCUAUCCCCUAUGCCUCCCAGCGGGAGGCUGAGCUGCAUGCCAUGCUGCUGUCCAUGGUGAUGGUCUUCAUCUUGUGCAGCGUGCCCUAUGCCACCCUGGUUGUGUACCAGACUGUGCUCAAUGUCCCCAACACUUCUGUCUUCUUGCUGCUCACUGCCAUUUGGCUGCCUAAAGUCUCUCUGCUGGCAAACCCCGUGCUAUUUCUUACUGUGAACAAAUCUGUCCGCAAGUGCUUGAUGGGGACCCUGGUGCAGCUGCACCACCGCUACAGCCGCCGUAAUGUGGUUAGCACAGGGAGUGGCAUGCCUGACUCCAGCCUAGAACCCAGCAUGCGCUCGGGCAGCCAGCUCCUGGAGAUGUUCCACAUCGGGCAGCAGCAGAUAUUUAAGUCUACAGAGGAUGAGGAAGAGAGUGAAACCAAGUACACUGGCUCGGCUGACUUCCAGGCCAAGGAGAUGCUUCCUGGCUGCCUAGACCGAGAGCAGGGGCCACGAUUUGCACCCCCUGCCCCACCCCCGGGCACAGUGGACUCUACAUCCCAGGUGGCACCAGUAGCUGCUGUGGAACCUGAGACGUUUCCUGACAAGUAUUCCCUGCAGUUUAGCUUUGGGCCUUUCGAGCUGCCUCCUCAGUGGCUCUCAGAGAGCCGACACAGCAAGAAGAGGCUGCUCCCCCCAUUGGGGAAUACCCCAGAGGAGCUGAUCCAGACCAAGAUGCCCAGGGUGGGCAGGGUGGAGCGGAAGAUGAGCAGAAACAACAAAGUGAGCAUUUUCCCCAAGGUAGAUUCCUAGCAAGGACUGUGAAGCCCUGGAAGCAGUGGGGAGGCCUGAACUCUCUCCUCCCCCAACUCUGGCCCUGCAAUUUGUGUGAUCUCAUCGCAACCCCUCCAGGCUGAUUCCUCUAGUGUGGGCCAACAGCUUGAGAUGACAGGGAAAUUUGUAUCACAUCAAAUGCCCUCUUUAUUGAGGGAGUGCAUUACGUGUCCCAGGGAUCCAUGUCCUUAGUAAAGUCCACGUUCCUCUCUGGGGGAUGAAGGCUGGGGUUUGGAGCAGGUCUCAGGGUGGGUACUCCAUGGGCAUUUUCUGGAGACUCCUCCCUCCCUGGGGCCUCACGGAGAGCACCCAGAGAGAAGAGUGUGCAAAGGCUCACAGGGAGCAGUGGCACUGAAAGGGAAAUCCAAGGUGCGAGGUGGCCACAAAGAACAUGCCUAUUUGGUUACCUUAAAGAUGACAGGUAGGAAAGCCUUUUUUAUUGAUAAGACAGGACUUGGCACCUGACACCAUUUUUGUGGAAGCUCCAAUCAUAGAUUCAGUGUUUCUUCUGAUACCGUUCUUCCCUCUUCACUGGAAUAUAGGAAAGGGAUGACUGUUCCACCCCCAACUGACAGACGUGGCAGUAGAUGUGCCCAGGAUAAGGGAGUUAAUUCAUCCUUGGUUUUCCUGACAUUCUCUUGGCAUUACCAAGCUCAGAAAGAUGCACCUGCACCUUGCAGUCAGGGUCAGUGUUGGCUGGAAGCCCCUGCAGACUCUUCACUGUGCCUUUCCUCUAUCUUAUGUGUGUUCUCAACAGAGGAGAGAGAGGCUGACAGGUGCAGAAGAAAGACUGAGAAAUGCCCACAGCCCUAUAGUCUUUUCCACCUGCUGUCAUGUGAAAGGUGCUACCUAUCAAUCAGUAUGAGUAAAGUCUAUUGAAAAAAAUCAUCUUAUGCAAAAUUUUGGAAUUGAAAGGUAAUUAGAAAUGCACAGUUAGCACACGUUGGGUCCUUUGGGAAACAUCAGGCUAAAAAGUACUUGACUAGCAGAGGCGACUCUGUCCAGCACUGGCAAGAGUCUGACGAAGACAGCCCCGUUGGGAUGAGGACCCAGAACGUUCUUUCAGUCUGUGCAACUAUGGCUCUCCUUUUGCUUUGGACACAGAGGAGGAGCGUAAUAUCAAGAAAUAAUAAGUUGUUAAGUGCUAAGGUGACACUGGCUCAUGUGAGCUCUUUACUUCCUCUUUCCCAGCGAAGUUUCAUUAGGAACCAGAGUGGGUAGAAGAUGGAGGUCAGUGUCUCACAAGUGAUUGGAGUCCACCUUGGGGAGGAUUUCAGCAGGCUGGACUCAAACCACCAUGAUACUUCAUUCGUAAUAUGGGCAAGUCCAGUGCCAGCUUGCUUCUCUCUCUGGAGCACCUUGUUCUUGUUAAGGGUACUUGGGGGCGCCAGGCAAGCCUGAUGGGGAGUGGGUCCUCCACAGCAAAGGUCCACGGCUCAAGGCAGUGGUCUUCAUGCACCGCCUCCUGUAGCUACACUGCCCCUUUGGCCUUGGGGGAGGCUCAGUCUCCAGGAAGGGUUUUCUUCUCUUCUCUUGGGUGCGGUAUCUUGUGAUUCCCAGUUGUGAACCCCAGGGCCCUACUCCCAGAGAGGGAGAACCUUCUUCUUUGCAUUUGUCUUCUUACAGCUGAAACAGGGCUGCCGCACUGCCUUGUGGCCCUCUGCCUCCUGGGUCCCGUGUGCAUGGCAUCUGUGGCUCCUUACCCUGACAGUUAAUGUUGUAGCCCUCCAAGCUUACCUUUUAAAACCCUCACCUUUGUAAGUUCUACCAAGGAAAAGUAUAAUCUGUCAGAUAAUUGUGUCCACUUUCGAGGCAUUUGUCAAAUGUAGCCCCCGUGGUGUCAUUCUGAUACUAUGUGUAUACAACUUAAUAAAUGCUGAUGCAGCAGAAUUUGGUUGGGCAUAUUUAUUAUGUACGUUUGAAGCAGAUGACUUCUAACAGGUCAUUGCCAGGUGUAUUUCUAUAUUCUUUGAAGAAUAACAUUUUAAUAAAAAAUUGAAAAACGG